AUGGAAGAAAGAAAUAUCCGAUCGCUAUUCGCCGACGCUGAAACGGCUCGUAAAGAGUUAGAGAACCGCUGGGAUACUAACAGCGCCGACCAUCAAGACAAGCUCAACGCCACUAUAUCAAAGUAUGAAGACUGCCUCCGAAUUGCCGAUCAGGUUUCGUUGUUCAGUCCAAAUGAAACCGUAGAUGACAUCGCCUCAGGUGAUAUUCAAUAUCUACUUCUCAACUUCCGGAUCGCAGAGUUGCUGCUACGAAUAACCGGAGGGGACCGCAAGUCGCAUCUACUAAACGCGCGGACAAGCCUCGAGAAAUUUCUGAAGCUUGUUGACUCCUUCGACCUACUGUCACCCUCGGACUCGAAGCUACUCGAAACCUAUCAGGAAGGACCCGACGUCUUCUCGACUGCAUCAACUAGAGAUGCCGCUUCCCGAAGAGAGACUAAGAUCGCGCGAUUCAGAGAGGAAAAGGCUCUCAAACAGAAGCUCGAGCACCUACAGCAGAAUCCAUCAGCGCUACAGAACGAUGACGGGGCUCUGAGGGAACUUCAGAUAACUAACAUCACUUACUCCGUACACCAAACAUUCCAGUCGUUAGAGUCGAUAGCACAGGAACUGCAAAUCCUAACCAUGGCUCCUCCGCCGCCGCCACCAGGCCAAGAGGAAAGCACUGCUGACCCUCGCUUGCGCAAUGGACGCAAUGGCGGCGGCUAUUCCGAACGAUUAGACCCUGCUGUACCAAGCCUCAAGAGUAGAUCCGGGCCGAUUCUAAGCGCAGAUGGCAAACCUCUGCGGCCGUUCACUCUUCUAGACAAUCGCCAGAGGUUGCAGCAGGGCGUGUUUCGGCCGGAUCACAGUUUGCCAACGAUGACCAUCGACGAGUACCUGGAAGAGGAGAGGAAAAGGGGUGGGAUCAUCGACGGCGGGGGCGAACAGUCUGGAAUCAGGCCAGAGCCAAACGAGGAUGAUCUGGAGAAGGCGGACGAAGAGACGAUGAAGGCUCGAGCAUGGGACGAAUUCAAAGAAGACAACCCUAAAGGCUCUGGCAAUACGCUGAACAGAGGUUGA